CUACUCCUGACCUCCCAGAUUUGAUUCUUUCAGGUUCAUUCUCCAGGUUCUGCUGGACAGGCCCAGCCCAGUCCAGUCCGGACCACUUCUUCUUUCCAGUACCAGGACCUCAUGCGGGCCCUAGUCCUGCUUGUAAGAGUAACAGGUUGACAAGAUAGACCUGUAAGAGAAAUAAGAUCAAUUCCAUGUCUGCAUCAUUCACUGCUGUUAGCGCAGCUUAAAAAGAGUGCCCCCUUGUGUCCUGAAGGGAGAAAAGCAUGUGACUUAGCAGACAGAAGACGCACAGAACAGGAGAAAUGACCAUCAGUGGACACUACUGGACCAGAUCCCUAGAGACAAAUCAGAGUGAGGAGGGAAAAUCUGACCCUGCCUGGCGAUCAGGAGGUUGUGCAAACACUCUGACAUGCCCAAACCCUCACCUUACCCCAGUUCUAGGCCUAAGCCUGUCCUAACCUACCUGCCCCUGCCUGCCAGCCACCAGCCUGUGAGUCCCUCUUCCUCAGAAUUGACCACCUCUCCCAGGAUGCAUCUGGUUCCUUCUGCUGGUGUUUGUCAGCUCAAUAACAGCUGCGCUACCUGUGUCAACAGCACAGGAGGCGACUCAGUGACCACGAGGCGCACAGAGCGAUGGCCUAUCAGACAGAAGUGAUCAACUCCCAGCCCCAGGUCACCGUCACCAGCUACACCGUCUCCAGGACGACCUCCGACUGGAGCUCCAACAUCUGCGACUGCUGUGGCGACUGUGGCAUCUGCCUGUGUGGGACCUUCCUCCCCUGUAUCCUGGCCUGUCAGGUGGCCCAGGAUCAGGGUGAGAGCUGCUGUCUGCCCUUCCUGCCAGGAGCUCUCAUCGCCCUGAGGACCAGCAUGCGGGACAAGUACAGCAUCGAGUUCCUUGGCAGUAAGUAG